GUUUGUAGCAUGGGCACUAGAGCAACGGUGUAACCGAUCCCAGCUGCUGCCGUGGGGGAAUGAGAGCUACUCCCGUCCCCUUUGGGUUGGUCACGUGUCCUCGGGGAGCGUUCAGAUUGGGGAGCACGUCUCGAAAGAGUGGGAGCGCACCGUUGCGCACAGCCGAGUUGUACAGCAACAUCUUAAACAAGCGUUAAUGAUCCGGCAGCGAAUCAACCGAAUCAGUUUUGUUUUGGGGCGUUGUCAUAUACACUCCACUGUGGUGUGUGAUACACAGAUCGUCAGGCACUGGCACAGUGUGUGUGUGUGUGUGUGUGUGUGAUCCCUCAGUCACUGACUCGUCAAAACUUCUGCGCUUACCAACUGUGAUCUUCACAUUGUUGCCAGCCACCGCUACAAGUCGACAUUCGGAGCUGUCACUGCGAACCGAGCCCAUUGUCAUCCACAGUGGUGCUGCUCAUUGCUAACUAGGCUACCUCCAAGCCCACAGGUAAUUGGCCAGCUUCCGUGGGAUUUGAUGUCACCUUUAGAUUGGUUCAACUGAAGAUGGAAACACUGGAGUCUGAGCUGACCUGCCCGAUCUGCCUGGAGUUGUUUGAAGAUCCCCUGCUCUUGCCCUGCGCCCACAGCCUGUGCUUUAACUGCGCCCACCGCAUCCUGGUGUCUCACUGCUCUACAAGCAAGCCCCUCGAGUCCAUCUCGGCCUUUCAGUGCCCCACCUGUCGUUACGUCAUCACGCUGAAUCACCGCGGCCUGGAGGGCCUUAAGCGCAAUGUGACGCUGCAGAACAUCAUUGACCGCUUUCAAAAGGCCUCCCUUAGCGGCCCCAACUCCCCCACUGAGAGCCGGCGUCUGCAGCCGCAGCGGCCCUACACCGCCACCAUUAGCGGUACAAUAGCUGGAACAAUUGGCAGCAGUGGUGGCACAAGCGGGAGCAGCGCCCGUGGCAGUCCGGCCACUUCCAGCCACUCCCACCCGCACGCCAACCACACCAACGCCAACCACAGCCCAGCUGUUAUUGCUAAAAUGGAUCCACGCAUCAGCUGCCAGUUCUGUGAGCAGGAUCCGCCACGUGAGGCUGUCAAGACGUGUGUCACGUGUGAGGUAUCGUACUGUGACCGCUGCCUGCGUGCGACACACCCUAACAAGAAGCCGUUCACCAGCCACCGCCUGGUGGAGCCGGUGCCGGACACUCACAUCCGCGGCCUGACCUGCCUGGAGCACGAGAAUGAGAAGGUCAACAUGUACUGCUUGGUGGAUGACCAGCUCAUUUGUGCCCUCUGCAAGCUGGUGGGGCGCCACCGAGAGCAUCAGGUGUCCUCACUCACUGAACGCUUUGAUAAGCUCAAGGCUUAUCAGGUGAGCCCGGGCAGAGUGUCAGAUGCGGUAAUGGAGGCUUCAAAGACAAGCGCUGCGCAAACCCUAGAGAACAACCUGACCAAUCUGGUGAAGAGGAACAGUGAACUGGAGAACCAAAUGGCCAAGCUCAUCCAGAUCUGUCAACAGGUUGAGGUGAACACAGCCAUGCAUGAAGCCAAGCUGGUGGAGGAGUGUGAUGAGCUAGUGGAGAUCAUCCGCCAGAGGAAACAGGUCAUUGCUGUGAAGAUCAAAGAGUCCAAGGUGAUGAAACUGCGUAAGCUGGCUCAGCAGAUUGCAAACUGUCGCCAGUGUCUGGAGCGCUCCAGCGCCCUCAUCACACAGGCCGAACAGAGCCUAAAGGAGAACGACCACGCUCGCUUCCUCCAGACUGCCCGAAAUGUAGCAGAAAGGGUUGCCAUGGCGACAGCCUCCUCCCAGGUACUCAUCCCUGACGUCAACCUGAAUGAGGCGUUUGACAACUUUGCCCUGGACUUUUCCCGAGAGAAGAAGAUUCUGGAAGGACUAGAUUACCUAACAGCUCCCAACCCGCCAUCCAUAAGAGACGAGCUGUGCACCGCCUCUCAUGACACCAUCACUGUUCACUGGACGUCCGAGGACGAGUUCAGCGUCACCUCCUACGAGCUGCAGUACACCAUCUACACCGGCCAGACAAAUUUCAUCAGUUUGUACAACUCGGCAGACAGCUGGAUGAUCGUACCAAACAUCAAGCAGAACCACUACACGGUGCACGGCUUGCAGAGUGGCACCCGUUAUAUCUUCUUUGUCAAGGCUAUCAACCAGGCAGGAAGCCGCAACAGUGAGCCAGCCCGCCUCAAAACCAACAGUCAGCCCUUCAAGUUGGACCCAAAGACGGCUCACAAGAAGCUGCGUCUGUCCAACGACUGUCUGACCAUGGAGAAGGAUGAGAGCUCACUUAAGAAGAGCCACACCCCAGAGCGUUUCAGCGGCACAGGCUCCUAUGGUGCAGCUGGUAAUGUCUUUAUUGACAGCGGGUGUCACUACUGGGAGGUGCUGCUCGGAGCAUCCACAUGGUAUGCCAUCGGCGUGGCUUACAAAUCAGCCCCAAAAAACGAAUGGAGCGGCAAGAACUCGUCCUCAUGGGUGUUCUCGCGCUGCAACAACAACUUUAUGGUGCGCCACGACGGCAAGGAGAUGCUGGUGGAGGCAAGCCUGCAGCUGAGGCGGCUGGGUGUCCUGCUGGACUACGACAACAAUUCACUGUCCUUCUACGAUGCCAUGAACUCCCAGCACAUUCACACCUUUGAAAUCUCCUUCCUCCUGCCCGUUGUACCCACUUUCAUGAUCUGGAACAAGUCAGUCAUGAUACUCUCAGGGCUACCCGUCCCCGACUUUGUCGACGGUGUGGCCUCAGAUCUUCAAGAGCAGCAACAGCAGCAGAUGGGCCUGUGCCGACAAGAGUCACCAUACUUGACCGGGAUGAAGACCUGCCACUGAGAAAGGCCCACCAAUGGCCUUGCAGAGUCCAUUCAGGCCUGGUAACUGAAAGGUCGAUUGGGAGCUGAACGACAUUGACAGUGUGACUGAGUUCUGCUCUAUCCUCUGCAUUACAAGUGGACCAGAUACUUUAUUAUGGAUUUAGAAAGUGUUGGAAAUAUGCACACCAGUCUGGAAAAAUGUCAGUCCUGUUAGUUUGUAGCCAUCCAAUGCUUUACAAAUCCAUCAGUGAAUGGGAACAAGGUCUCUUGACUGCAAAUGUCAAUAGUCUUGAAAUUCAUCUUAUGCUCACUGAGGGCAGGGCUGGACAUCUGGUUGUCUAGACCAUUUAAGGUCUUCCUUUUUGAUUUAUUGUCCUCCUGAUUUGAAUCUAGGCAGAAGACCAAGGAGGGAAUGGUCAUGUCAGCCAUUUACUGUUUGAAGUUACAACAUGUGAAGAGUGAGAUGGCAUAAUGUCUCACUGUGUCUCACUGACAGAUUUAAAAAAGAAAACACAGCAAAAUGUUCAUCCAGUAAAGAAACCACUGACAACAGACAUUUUAACUUUAUUUUAAAUGUCCCUAUUUCUGUCUCAUUUAGGUUACGUGAUAUGUCAAGUGAACUAAAUUUAACACAUUUUAGAUUUGAUCAGAAUUAGCAGUUAAAGGCAGAGUUGACUUUAUGGGAAAUACACUUAGGGUAUUUGCUUUCUUACCGAGAGUUAGAUGAGAAGAUACCACUCUUUUGUCUGUGCACUAAAGCUAGAGCCAGCAGCCAGUUUAGCUUAGCAUAGCAUAAAGACUGGAAGGUCUCCAGUCUGAUAGUUUCAGCACAUUACUUCCUGUAAAAUUACGAAGUGUUGAUUUUACAUUACUUGUUUUUUAAGGAUUAAACAAACAAGAUAUAAUGUGUAAAUUUGUGAACUUUAGAGGGCUGCAAGUUGGAUUUUUACCUUUGGACAGAGCAAGGCUAGCUGUUUCCCCAUCUUUCCAGUCUUUGCAAAUACAUGCUAGCUGUGGACUUUUUGUGUUGCAGUACAACAGGGUGCAUUACAUAUCUUCUGGUGUCACUCUUCAUGUGUUGUAGCCUCAGUAGCUGUAAGUGGGCAUUGCCAAAAUCUUAUGCUUGAUCUUCCUCCUAGAUUUGACGCAGCAGUCCUGUUUGUAUUGGUGUGUCAUAGCUUCCAAGAUUCAGGAAGUGUUAACGUUGCUCCCAGAUAUUAACAAGAUCACAGGGGGUAGAUUUUCAUUAUGUGACUACUCAACUUGUAUAAUAAGAGGUUUAUUGAAUAUUAGAGGAAAAAGUGUUAUUUAUGACAAAAAAAGAUGGUUUACUUUUAUUAUUAAUCUCAACAUAUUCAUGAUGCACUUUUUAAUUAACACUAUUUCCCCUCUAUGAGUAUGAAAGUAAAUGGAGCAAGGUGGCAGGGAUGUAAUGGGGAGGGAAAGUGACAACUAGCACGACUUCUGGUUGUGUUCACUCCUAUGAAAAUCUACAUCACCUUAUUUUCCUACUCAUAUUUAGAAAAUUAUUAAUGGUCAAUAAUUAAUUAUUACCAGAUAUUAACCAUAAUAAAGUGUAUUGUAUUAUUAAAGUGUUUUGCUAACACCUAAUCUGGUCACUCAAAGCACUUUGCAAUAAAACAGAGGUCCCUGCUGGUUAACUUAUAAAGUUAAAAAGGUUUUUUCACUGUGAACACAACCAGUGACUUUCCCUCCCCAUAGCUCCUUUCGAUAGUAACUUCAUCUUGUUUAGAAAAGGGAUAUGAUUAUGAUGAUGUUUAUGCGAUUUUUAUCAUGAUGAAAUGUGAUAAACUAAUAGCUGUUUUUAAAAAAGUUCACUCUGUUGUCGACUUUUCAGGGAUGAAGGGGGUUAACACUUUAACUUGCUGUCUGUCACAAUGUCAUGGCAUGAUUGUGUUUUCCUCUGUGAUUUGGUAACACACACAUAUGCACACACACACACACAUCAUGUUUUGUUUAGGUUGGCCUUGUCGUGAUAAAUGCAUGAAACAUUGUAGGAUCCCACACCGGUACACUGGGUAAUUUAAGUAGCUUUUUCAAGGUCACCAAAUCUUGUUUUUCAUCAGAUACUGACUCACCUGCACAUUUGCUUACAACAGACUUGACCUCAAACUCUUUUUGUCACCCAUCAUUCAAAUAACAGCUGGAUAGCUGGAUCCAUUGUUUGUUUUUUAUUUGGAUUUAAGGCCUAGUAUGGGUGACAGUUUCUCUCUGGUUUGAUAUUCAGGUAGCGGCUCUGAUUCAGACAAUCAAAUAUGUAUCAUAGUUUAUGCAGAUUUAAGAGGUUGUGUAGCAGGAAACAAUGGGGAUUGAGACAAAGUGACACUUGACGUGUUGAAACAAACAGAUGUUUUACAUACCAUCUUGUUAGAUUUGAUGUGAAAAACCUGACACCUUAUGGCCAUUUUACACAUCACCAGGUAUGUACUUAAUGUUGAAUGUCAUGUAACAUUUGUAUUUACAGGCUAUGAUUUGCUAGACUUGAAAAAAAACAGGCGUACCCCACACACUCACUGAUUUCUAUAAUUUGCUAGUAAACGUGGUUACUUGAUGAGCUAAAGCAAAGAUCCAGUGAUGUAAAACUCUCAGCUAUGGAAAGGUAGCGAAAAUCUGACAUGUCAUGGCCCCCCAGUGUACUUUUAAACCUGCAGUGUUCAUUUAGGGCAACUCUGUGAUGCGUCAGUCAUGAUUGUUUGAUGAAGGUAUUGAUUGCCUGAGCGCUACAGCCAUCAGAGAUAGUCCACUGGUCAAAGUUUAACACAGGAGGAGCUCCAGUAUGAGGGGAAGGUUGUUCUGUCAGGGAGAUUAGUGAAUGUUACCUGACUUCCAGAUAUCCACCCAUCUUGUUGAAUAAUGUCAUUCGCAGGCUCGAAACAGCCAUGUGUUGAUUUGUGAUCCAGACUGACAAGCUCAACUCAUCUGUGCAAGUGUGCUUGGCUGGGUCACUGCAUGAUUAUGUGACCUUGCUGCAGGUUCAUAACUCUUUCCUUAUCUUCAUGAUGGGGUUUCUUAUCUUGUGUCAAGCAUAUUCUCUUUUUUUAAUGCAAAAAAAUAAACCAUGACAAGAACACUCAGACACGAAAUGUUCAUUGCCAUGCAUAUCAGAUAGUUUGCAGUGCUCUUUCUUUGUGUCACAAGUCAAUACAGUAAAAUAUAUACAGUGAAUGAUUUUCAAUAGCUACCCACUCCUUGUAGUGCAGUGUAAUACCCUAGAAACAAUGCAAUAGAUUCUCCUUUUUGCUUUUCUGUUUGUGUAACUUGGGAAAUUAUUUUUUACAGCUCAUGAGAAACAAGCUCCUCUUCUUUUGGCAUUUGGACCUUGAUAGACAGCACAAAAAGAGCAGAAUUGCAUUCAAGCAAAGCAUUCUGUUUCCAUAGAUACGAGAGAUCAUUUUAGCCAGAGAGGAAUGUAAAUCAUAGGGGGAAAUAUAUAUUAUAUAAAGUUGUAUAAUAUACUAAAUAUAUAUGAACCAAUGUUAUUUAUGUGAAUUUAAGUCAAAUUAAAAGUCUGAUCCCAAA